ACACACACACACACACACAGUGGCCAGGAGAGGGAGGAGGAGAGUCGACAGUCAUCUGAUCUUUUCCUGUCCCACCCUCUACCGGACGGACGGGAAGAGUUCACGGUAAACGGGCUCAACACACGGAGUUCGCGAACGUUUCUGAUGCGAACGAAUGAAGACGAUCGACGUGGAGCCGCUGAAGUGACGCGCCGCCAUUAAAACAGCGAGACGCGAUCAGCUGAGCGCCCGCGCGCCUCUUCCUGCUACUGAAACCCAGAGAAGUUCAAGGAACUCGAGCAGAACUUCAGAAACAUCUGAAAGAAGACCCACGAUGAUCGGUCCGGACGGGGAAACCUGACGACGCGUUCUAGACGGUCAUGAGAGAGCGUUUGUGAACGCGUUUGGCGCACGCUGAAUUCGCUUUUCCUGCUAUUCUUCUUCAGAGCGUUUCCUGCUCGGGCAAAACCACAGCGAACCAGCUGCUAAAAAUACUGACCCCUCCAUGGACCGCUAGACAGAGACUCGAGUCUAAUGUUUGUCCUCUCGCUCGGGAGUUUCAGAUCUGGGUAAGCCAGUAGAUCCAUGUGUUCAUUCUCUCUGUGGAGCUGUAUGAUAUUUAUAAGUGGUGUUUUUAGAGUAUGCAGGUCCUCAAGUGAUCUGAUCUGGAGCUCGGAGCGUCCGUUCACUCCAUCCGUUGCGUCUACAUGGGGAUUCAUGACUGAUGGAGACACAUCCACCGAUGAUCCGGACGUACAGAGAUCUGAGGGCGAGAGGGGUCGAGACGUACCCACCUGAACUUCCACAACACGCUUUGUAAACCUUGUAAACUUCAUGGAGCCGCUGAAGAACAUAUUCUCCCGCAGCUCGCUGUCCACCUGGAAGAGCCUGGAUCAGACUCAGAAGGGAAACUUCACCAACCCGGUUUGGACCGCUUUGUUUGACUAUGAGGCCACGGGGAAGGACGAACUGACCCUGCGUAAAGGGGACCUGGUGGAGGUCCUGUCUCUGGAUUCGGAAAUAUCCGGAGAUGAGGGAUGGUGGGCGGGAAAGGUCAACAACAAGGUGGGAAUUUUCCCCUCCAACUACGUCUCCUUCAAACCCAGCGCGUACGGCAAACUGCCGGGUUCUGGCGUCGUCCAAGACUUGGGACCGGCCGUGGUGAGCGAGUUGGAGCCGGAGGCGGUGGAUUUCAGCGAGCUGAGCCUGGAGGAGGUCAUCGGGGUGGGAGGCUUCGGGAAGGUCUACCGGGGCACCUGGAAGGGCGAGCUGGUGGCCGUGAAAGCGGCCCGGCAGGACCCGGACGAGGACAUCAGCGUCACGGCCCAGAACGUCCAGAACGAAGCCAGACUCUUCGCCAUGCUCAAGCACCCCAACAUCAUCACGCUCAAAGGGGUCUGCCUGCAGGAGCCCAACCUGUGUCUGAUCAUGGAGUACGCGUCCGGAGGCCCGCUGAGCCGCGCUCUGGCCGGGCGACGGAUCCCGCCGCAUGUUCUGGUCAACUGGGCCGUGCAGAUCGCCCAAGGGAUGCUGUACCUGCACAGCGAGGCCAUAGUGCCCGUCAUCCACCGAGACCUCAAGUCCAACAACAUUCUGCUGGCUGAGCCUGUAGAGAAGGGCAGCAUUGAGGGCAAAACCCUGAAGAUCACAGAUUUCGGUCUGGCGCGAGAGUGGCACAAGACGACCAAGAUGAGCACCGCGGGCACUUACGCCUGGAUGGCACCAGAGGUCAUCAAAUCCUCCACCUUCUCCAAGGGCAGCGACGUCUGGAGUUAUGGUGUGUUAUUAUGGGAGCUUCUGACCGGCGAGGCUCCAUACAGAGGGAUCGAUGGUCUAGCUGUGGCUUAUGGAGUCGCCGUAAACAAACUGACCCUUCCGAUCCCCUCCACCUGCCCUGAACCCUUCGCCCAGCUCAUGUCCGAGUGCUGGGAUCAGGACCCGCACCGGCGGCCCAAUUUCAGCUCCAUCCUGGAGCAGCUGAUGGCUCUGGAGGAGCAGGUGAUGGAGGAGAUGCCGCAGGAUUCCUUUCACUCUCUCCAGGAGGACUGGAAACUGGAGAUCCAGGACAUGUUUGAUGAGCUGCGGGCUAAAGAGAAGGAGCUGCGCUGUCGUGAGGAGGAGCUGAAGCGCGCGGCGCUGGAGCAGAAGUCUCACGAGGAGUUCCUCCGCCAGCGCGAGCAGCAGUUGGCGCAGUGGGAGCAGGACGUGUUCGAGCGAGAACUAUCACUGCUCAUCCUGCACCUCAACCAGAACCAGAAACCCAACGUCAAGAAACGCAAAGGAACCUUCAAAAAGCACAAGCUGAAGGUUAAGAACGGGGAGAAGAUCAGCAUGCCACAGGAUUUUAUCCAUAAGAUCACGGUCCAGGCGUCUCCGUGCUUGGAAAAGAGACGUAAUUCUCCGGAUCUGGGCUCGCCGUCCAUCGGCCCACGCUUCCGAGCGAUACAGCUAAGUCCCAGUGAGAGUAAAUGGAGCUCGGUUUGGCCGCUGGAAUCUCUUCCUCUCAAGCAGACGAAUGGUGAGAGGAGGUUCACUCCUCAUUUGAGCCCUAAAAGCCCCAAGAGUCCAAAGAUCCUCCGACUCAGUGCGCAGGAGAACAGUCUGUCGAUGAGAGCCAAACUCCUGGACAUGGACAGCAAUGAGAAUGAGGACUCUAAAGCUGACUUCGAGGAGUACAGACCCUUCACACCAGAGUCCAGCCACAACGAGGGUUCAGAGAGCGAGGAAGGCGGUUCGUCCCCCUGUGGUUCUCCAAAACCGGAUCACCCCGGUCUGGCGAAGAACACACACCGUGCUCUGCUCAGCAGCGCCGCCCUGCUGGCCUCCAUAGCUCUGGGACGCUGCCUGGAAGUGCAGCACCCGCCCACACCGCCGCCACGGGCCUCGUCACGGACUCACCUGCCCGUGCCGGAGCCGGACCCAGAGCCGGAGGUGGUGGGAGAUCUGAUCACGUUCAGCACGGACUCUCUGCCGCGGGGAUUCCAGGAUUCGCUGAAGCCGCCCGAGAUCAAGCCGCUGCCGCUCACUCCGCCGCCACCCAACCCGCGGGACAGAGAGCGGCCGGGCCGCAGGACACAGGACAGUCCCGGAGACUGGACGGCACACGCCAACGGAGACGCGGCCGCUGAGGUCCCGUAUCAGAGCGGAGAGCGCAGGAGGAGGGCGAGUUACGGACUGCACUCCUCACAGCUGGUGUUGGAUCUCCCGUUGUGUCAGGACACAUUUGAGGCCGAGGACAAGUCUCCGAUGCCCUUCGCCCUGUAUCCGGACCCCCGUCUGUGGAGCCCCAAAACCCGUCGUCUGGAGGUCAACAUCGUCCCUCGACCGCGUCCGUCCCCGAACCGCCCCCGCAUCGACCCGUGGAGUUUCGUCUCGGCCGGUGUGGCGGACAGAGCGGGCGGGAAGAAGCCGGUUUGCGCCAGCAGCCCCACGAGCCCUCGUCUGGGGUUCCACCCCUCGCCCACCAACCCCUUCACGAACUGUGACCCCUUCCCAUCGCCGGACUGUGACCCCUUCAAUCUGAAGCUCCACCCUUCCAUGAACUCGGACAACGGAUCGACCUUUGACCCCUUCUCCACCCCCUUCCCAACCUCGCGCUCGGCGCCCUGCUCGACCAAUGCCAGCCCGAAUCUGUCUCUCAGGGUGGCCCCGCUGAACCCGGCCGACUCCCCGCUCAUAGAUUUGGGCUGGGCGGGCGUCAGCCGGCCGAUCGACGGCGCCAAAGAGAGGGUCCAUCCUCGCCGGGGCCUCGGCCUCAGUCCGUUCAGGUCGCCUGCGCAGCUCAGAGACGAUCGCUUCUGAACACUGGCCACCGCACGACACGUCCCUAAAGCUGAUAUCGCGAUGCGGCCUACUGCGAUUUGUCAAAAGACUAUGAUGUAAUGAAAUAUAUGCACUACCGACUCCAGAUCGACUCUGAAACUGGCAGCGCAUACGCCCAUUUGCCGGCAACCCUUCAAAAACAAAGAUAUAUAUCCCAAAUUCUUCAAAAGGAUGAUUCACACUCUACUUUUCAAAGAAUUUAUUUGCACUCCCCAACAAAAUCACCCACUUAUUCUGGAAUUCUUUCCCAAAUAUAGCUAUGCAAGUCAUCUGGUGAACAUUCCUGUAUUUCAAAACACAUAUCACAGAAAAAUUGAAUAUCGCGAUGUCAGUUUUUUCCAGUGUCGUGCAGCCCUAGUCCAUGCCAAUUCUGGGAAAUGAAACCGCAGGAGAUUCCCAUUUUCUCUGGGAAAGGAAGACUGUUGAGUUUUGAUGGGUUUCAGGCGGACGUUUGGUCAUUCCUGAAGACACGACUCCUGACGGGAGUCACAAAUCCUCCAUGUUUUCCUCUCUGAUGGGUUGAACUUCCUCUCUUCCAGCACUGUCUCAGGGUCUUAAUGCCCUCUAGUUGCUCUAAGAUCUGCUUUAAGGCCCCGAUAUACUAAGCUCUUUUUCGCUCUUUUAGGGGUAAAAAGAAGUUUCAAAUACUUGAGCAAUUCUGACCUCAACAAACUAAAGAGAAAACAUGAACUGGAGAAGAUUCAAAGGUAAAAGAAGGUGGAGCCUCAGAGCCACACCCACCUAUUGCAUCAUCACCAUGGAACAAUGACAAUUCCAAGGUGCUUUUCAGAAACUCCCAAAACAAACUCUAAAAAAACUUCGCUUUGGCCUGAUUUUCUUCAAAAUGACACCAGUCGAUUUUUCCAUUUCGCUUGAAGUAUAUCGGGGCCUUCACGGUCUAAUAUUCAGUCUCAAAAGAUGCCGCGGUCAACGUCAAAUGAUUUCAUAAUGAUUUCACCUUGUUUAAUUCCAGAUUUAUUCUAUUACUAUGAUAAAAGUUGCGUGAUUGUUCGGUCAGAGCAACGUUAUAUGCGGGAGAAUCCUUUACACAUUCACCAGAUGUGCCAAAGAAUGCCAGAUUUCCGUGUCCGAUGAUCAUUUGUGAUUCUCAAACUCGCGUGCCUUAAAGAGGUUGUGCUUCAGAAAGAGAAAUGAGCUUCACACGAGAAACGUCCUGCUGACCUCACUGGUGGUGUUUGGGCAGGAGAAGUGGACUAGACUUUAAGGUUUAUUAUUUAAAACGUUCAUCUGUGUAGAACCAGAAAACUUCAGGUGGAUCUUUAGUCAAAUGGAGAGUAAAACCCAAACAUAUUCCUCGAAUCAGUGGAAUUUCUCUCUUGUUUUCCAGUAUCUCGAUUUAUGAAUGUUUAGAUAUUUGUACUUGAAAACCAGACAGAAAUACUGAGGAAGAACAUGAUUUUAGCAGUGCAAUCUCAGAAGAACACUAUUUACAGUCAGGAGAGGCGGUUUCUUCUUGUUUUCUAGUGCUGUUGUUCACUGACUCUCGUCUCCUCUACCUCCCUCUGCUGGUGGCUUGUGUGCUUCACUCUCAGAUCUUCAUCUCUGACGUUCUUCCCAACAAUGAAAUUCCUUCGGGAGGCCGUCGGGCGCAGGAGACGCUGUGGCUGAACAAAGGCCUCCUUUGGGUUUCGCUCUGCAGAGUCUCUCGUGUUCUUCAUGCUGCCGCCUCAAACUACACUUUUUUUGUAUUAUUUGGGGAUUUUGAUUCAAGAUCAAACAUUUCUUUUUUUUUUUUUAUGACAGAUCACUUUUAAGUCUCAUAAGCAGUAUGCACAGGAUUUUAGAUUUAUUUCAGUUUUUGGCAGGAAUGAAGCGCGUUACUGUGUUUGAACUCAGGGAGAGUCAGCGUUGGAAUGUCGUGUCGUGAUUGUGCGCUGUUAUACACCAGUUUAAUGUGCAUUACAGACAGACACAGCACUGUAAACCUCCGCUAGAACAGUGUCAAUAUCUGCUCAGUCUGCAGUUAUUUGAGCUUUUCCCAUCAGACAGCCUGCGGUUUCUCAUCCCAACCAACAGAAGUCACUCCAGCCCUUCAGCCGCGUCUCAAAGACUCGCGUCAAACACUGAAUGACGGCAGACGGUGUUCAUCACCUGAAGAACUCACACGUUCAUCCCACAGUCAUGUAGAUUCAGAUUCAGAAACAUCACAUUCAGAUCUGAAAGCGAAGUCAGAUGGAAAGAGGUCAUUGUGAAUUUUUCCCCUCAGAAUCGCAAGUUAUCAAUUUGCAAUUGUGAUUUUUUUUCCUCUGAAUUUUGAGUUGACAUCUCACAAUUCUGUUUAUUCCUCCACGGAAUAAUUUAAAAAAAAAAUGUAUAUAAUUGCAACUUUUUAAUCAGAAAAUUUUAUAUUUUUCUUAAAACUGCAAGUUCUCGCAUCUCGCACUUUAGACUUUUUUCUGUCAGGGAAUAAAAAAAUGAAUUGUGUCU